CUGUGAGAGGCAAGAUGAUAAAGAGUUGUGUCGACCGAGGCCAUCCUCAGUGGGUCACCACAACGUCUUCCAACAGUGAGAGAAGAUGUCUGAAGCACAGUCUCUGUUGAGCCUCUUUGAGAAGCCCUAUUCUGAAGUUACCACACCUCGGGCAAAUGAAUCCAUCGUCUUCGCGUUGGAGGAAAGGCCUGUGGUGGUUACCAGAGUAGGUACAAGGCCUGCCAUCACGUUACCGAAGCGUCCUGACGCUGACCCCAGCAGGUUAGGAACUGCCACCGUUGUCCCCCGCGGCUCCGCUUUCUCAUUCUUCGUCAGCACACAUCGUCGAGCCGCCAAAGAUCUCUGCGAUGCCUUCAUGAAGACCACCGGGGUACAGGACCUGGUACAGUUCGCUGCCAGAGUCAAGGGUGUUGUCAACGAGAGCCUCUUCAUCUACGCUCUCUCCUUUGUCAUCCUUCACAAAAAGGAAUUACGAAAUUUCCGGCUGCCAUCACUGGUGGAGGUGUUCCCACAGAAGUUUGUACCGGUGGAACAUCUCAUUAAAUCACAGCAAGAGGCCGUCAGGCGAGACGAAAAUGAGGAGACACAGAUCGUGAUCGAACAUGGACCUGAUUUCUCGAGCAGUGCCAUCAAACCAGAACACCGAGUGGCUUAUUGGCGGGAAGACUACGGUAUGAACGUACACCACUGGCACUGGCACCUUGUGUAUCCUAUUGAAAUGGACCUCAUCCGCGACCGAAAAGGUGAAAUUUUCUUCUACAUGCAUCAGCAGAUGAUAGCCAGGUAUGAUAUGGAACGGUUGAGUGUUGGUCUUCGACGUGUAGAGAAACUGGAGAACUGGCGCAUCCCAAUUCCAGAUGGCUACUUCUCUAAACUGACUGUCAACAACUCUGGCCGGGCCUGGGGAACCCGUCAGGACAACACCUACUUGAAGGACUUCCGGCGUAAUGACUUUGGAUUACAGCCACUUGACAUUACUGAAUUGGAGGUCUGGCGCAGCCGAUUGUUGGAUGCCAUCCACCAGGGCUACAUGAAAAAUCCAAAUGGUGACACAAUCCCUCUGUCUGAUGACGUCACAUCGGGAAAACGAGGGGUUGACAUACUGGGUGAUACAUUAGAGGCAGAUGCUGACCUCAGUCCUCAUUACCAGUUCUACGGUGACCUUCACAACAUGUGUCAUGUGCUUAUUUCUUUCUCUCACGACAAUGACAAUGCCCACAAGGAGGAGUUGGGAGUAUUGGGGGAUCCAGCGACCUCCAUGAGGGACCCUGUGUUCUACCGGUUGCACAAGUUUAUUGACGAUGUGUUUCAGGCAUACAAGCUGACACAGAGACCAUACACCAUGGAAGAUCUGUCAAUGCCUGGUGUGGUAAUGAACCAGGUGAGUGUUACCAGCAAGAGAGAGAUCAACAAAUUGACCACUGGCUGGAGUACGCGUGAUUUUGAAGCUAGUCGAGGCAUUGACUUCAGCUCCCCCAAACCUGUCAUAUUACGCCUCACCCAUUUGGAUAGCGUCCCCUUCAACUACCACAUUGAGGUAACCAACACUGAACCGAAUCCAAAGGUUGUAACAGUAAGGAUCUUCCUGGCACCCAAACACAAUGGGUCGGGGGCGGAGAUGCCCUUCAUGGAGCAGCGUAUCUUAUGGGCCGAGAUGGACAAGUUCAACCACACGUUGAACCCCGGCAAGAACCAGAUAGUGCGCUCCUCAAAGGACUCCUCCAUCACCAACCCCACUGACUUCACAUUCAGGGACCUGGACUCGAGGCCUAUGACCCCAGGAACUGAAGCUACCGAGUUUGAUUUCUGUGGGUGUGGAUGGCCACAGCACCUCCUGCUACCCCGAGGAAAACCUGAGGGUAUGGCCUACCAGCUCUUCUACAUGAUUACAGACUUCGAGAAGGACAAGGUGGAGCAGGCACAAGGAGCGAGAAGUUGUGCCAACGCCGUGUCCUUCUGUGGGGUCCUGGAUGCCAAGUUUCCUGACAGUAGACCAAUGGGCUUCCCCUUCGACCGUCGCCCUCCACCAGUUCUCCUCGAUGCUGGCGUCCUCACAACUGCUGACUAUGCACGACUUGACAACAUAAUGAUGCAAGACCUUACCAUCACUUUCCUCGCCGACAAACUGGUGAAGUAGAACAUCUAAAAUACAAGUCACAUAAUUUUAAUUCUUCUAAGUACGAAGACCUUAAAGUGUGACACAAGACAAGGUAGAGCCACACUUAUCCAGAUUUUAGAAACCACAAACUAUACAAGAAGCAAAAGUUUGUAUUGAAAUGUAUACAUUCUAAUAUGAUAACAUAGAAAAAAUCUGAAAUAUUUGUGUGAGUUAUUUCAUUGUUUAUUAAAGCUCUUUGCUGAUGAUAAGUUGUUGGAGUGAGUAGUGAACUGUUGUAAUUCUCAACAGUGUGUCUGUAUAACGCCACUAUAGACACCACAAAUUGUUUCUAUUAUUAUUAUUAUUGUUAUUAAUAUCACCAUUAUUAAACCUCGUGUCAAAUAAGUUAGCUCUGUAUCAUACAUUACAAUAUACGCAUUUGCCUUAGUAAUGGCACAUAAAUUUUUGAAAUAUGAAGAUAAUUCCGUAAAAUCAGCUAAUGUUUAGGGUACAUAAACCAAAUAGUCUACACUAAGAUGACAAAGAUCAUCAUUAAACUGACUAUUAUCAUAAGCAUCAAAGUUAUUCAGUGUCCUCAAGUAUCCUGUAUUAAGAAUAAAAUGUUUAUAAAGAGAGUUUUUGUGCUUAUAUGAGAAAUCACAAUUAAAAAGAGAUUAAUUGCACUGUUUGGACCUUGACUGUGGUCUAACUGUACAUACUUAAUGUGGGCCUUCUCCAACAUUGUUGAGAUUUGUGAUUAAAGAAAAUACAAUGUGUGUGUGUGUGUGUGACACUUGUAGAAUAAAUCAUGCAUUUAAUACGAUAAACACGUUUGUUAUUAAAUAUAUAAUAAUGAUGUGCUUUAUUGAUUGAUAUUUUGUUUACUUCAUUAUAGAGACUUGUAAAACUUCCAUUCACUUUAUUGUCCAAUCAGGUGUUACAGUCACAAGUAUCACCAACAUACCGUAAUGUGAAUCAUGCCACUUAAGUCCCGAAACCUGACACCUUGUGUUUUCCUCUUAUUAGUUUCACAAAAGUUCUAGCAGUCUGCCUGACUCACAGAACUGGUGUAGUAACUCAGCCUCGACUGAAGGUGUUAUGCAGAUAUACAGUAAAUCCCUUAAGCUUCUUUUUGUCUGUAUUUUGUCUUCUGUUUCACUAAAAAAGACCAGCUUGGCUGUAACAUCACGCUCACAUUUUACGUUGUCUCAGCUUCGUUCACCAUAUUGUUAUUAUAUUUUUUCUAAGUCAAGAAUUGCAAAUGAAAUCAUCCCGAUAGAAGAUCAUUGCUAACAAUAAAAUCUAUUAUUAUUUCCGUUAACCAACAAUUUUAAUGACUGCUCUGUAACCUGGUGAUACAAUCCAUCCUUGUUUAUUUCCAGCUUCAUCUUUCUUACACACAUCACACUCUCUUAUCAGAUACCUAACACAGCCUCCAGCAAUGUCCUUCCUUACCAUACUCUGGGAACACACUCCCAGACCCUCGUGUCAUCUCGGUCAAUAGUUUUUAUCUAUACAGUUGCUUUCUUUUUUUAGCCAAUGUUCUCAUAGUGAAGUAGUUAUUCACACAGCCUCGUCUUUUGAUAAUUCCCUCUUACACACUCUGCACACAUCAAAUUAAAUAUUAAUUACUAUGAGUGUCGGCUUCUUUUGUUACGUAUUUAACUUCUUAAAAAAAUAAAAAUAAAUAAAAUGAGCGGCCACAAACACCAAACACGCUGUCUACAUUAGGGUUUCCUUCCCGGGAUCCCGGGCGUAAGUGGUUAUGUUUUUUCCCGGGAAUUUGGUUCAAAUCCCGGGAUUCUUAUUGUUAUUCCUUAACUCUGAUUUGCACCAUGUAAAAUACAAAAACGCAGGUCAUUCAAGUGUUCUCUUUAAGUUUUUUGUAGAGUAGGGCUUCCAAAUGGCAUAGAAUUUUUUUUUUAUAAUGGCUGACUUUGAAUGUCAUUCCAAAUAUCAUGAGUUUCUUUUGUGGCUAACAGAAUGAGAUUGACUGUCUGUGCUUCUUGAAGAGUUAUUUCAUGAACAACUUUUGAUGUGUGCGUAACUGUGUGGCUUGUGUGCACAAAUGAUUUUAUGCUAUUAUUUUUUUCACAGGUCAUUCGAGUGAUCGCUUUAGGUUUUUGUAGAAUGUGGCUUCCAAAUGGCAUUAAAUAUAGAAUUCUUAUUUUUUAUAAUAGCUAACUUUGAAUGUUAUUCCAAAUGUCUGUGAGUUUCUUUUAAGGCUAACGGAAUGAGAUUAAUUAAAAAUUUGCUUGUUUAAUCAUAUUAUGUACCUAUUUUUACACCAGUAUGCAACUUAAUAAAGAGAACUUUGCUUCA